CCGGUGAGCAUCGUGCCGAUCGUGUGUGGCACGAAUCAGCAUUUCGAGAUGACAAACUGAGGUGCCAUCACUAUUCGUCAUGUGCCUAUGUUGAUGAUGGUCCGCGUCAUCCUGGGGUGGUACGGUUGUUGAGAGCAUCUGGGUUUCACGGUGUCGAGAGAAUAGGACAAAUACAGUUAGAUUGGUCACUUCUGACUGCGUUAGUGGAGAGGUGGAGACCCGAGGUACACGCAUUUCAUUUGCCCUUUGGUGAGGUAGGAUUGACUUUACAGGAUGUGCAAGUGUUGUUGGGGUUGCCCAUUGACGGCAUACCACUCACUGGUCCCACGAUUACUGAUAAGGCAGCGUUGUUGCAGAUGUGUGCACAGUCUGCUGGUUUUAUACCAGAAGAUGAUGAUUUAAAUUCAGCUACCAUAAAAGUAACAAAUAUCCACCCCAUUCCAUUAACCGAUUGGAGCACUGAAUACGAGGCGACUCAACACACUAGGGCCCUCAUUUGGCAGUUGUUAGGUGGUUCAUUAUUC